GUCUAAGAGGUUCCAAAUUUUGAUCUGUUGAGGGAGAGAGAGUUGGGAGGAAGUUGAAAGGUGGAAGAAAGAAUGGAAUCCUACAUACCCCAUUAAAAGGGCUUUAAUUUGUUGUGUUGUUCCUUAAUAAUCUCUCAUUUGUUUCUCUUUGUGUUUUCUUCCCCCACAUGCAUCCAUCCAACCCAAAGACUAUUUCUAGCUCUUUCCCUUUCUCCUCCACCACAUCCCUCACCAAUUCAUAAAUCUAUCUUCUGGCCGGUUCCUCUUGUUUAAUUUUAUUUUAACACAACAACAAACACCCACAUUUCUUCUACUCUUAUAGCUGUAUCUCUCACAAUCCUUCAACUUCAACCUCUCUCUUCCAUCUGUUAGAUCAGAGACCACCACGUACGUUUUCAUGGAAACCCCAUUGAAGGAUUCGGUUCUUGAUUUCUACAUUGACGACCAGGGUGUCACUCCCUGGACCCUCUCUGUUGCUAGUGGAUAUAAUUUACUGCGGGAUCCCCAUCACAAUAAAGGUCUAGCCUUCACAGAGAAAGAGAGGGAUGCCCACUACUUGUGUGGUCUUCUGCCUCCUACUGUUAUUUCUCAAGAUCUUCAGGUAAAGAGGUUGUUAAACAACCUACGAGAAUAUCAAGUUCCUCUACAAAAAUACAUGGCCAUGAUGGAUCUUCAGGAAAGCAAUGAAAAGUUGUUCUACAAACUUCUAAUUGAGCAUGUUGAGGAGUUACUUCCAGUGGUUUAUACUCCAACUGUAGGGGAAGCAUGCCAGAAAUAUGGAAGUAUCUUCAAGCGUCCUCAGGGUCUUUAUAUUAGUUUGAAGGAGAAAGGGAAGAUCUUAGAGGUUUUACGAAAUUGGCCUGAGAGGAAUAUUCAAGUCAUUGUUGUCACUGAUGGUGAGCGAAUCCUAGGACUGGGUGAUCUUGGUUGCCAGGGUAUGGGAAUUCCAGUUGGAAAACUUUCACUAUAUAGUGCCCUUGGUGGUGUCCGUCCUUCUGCAUGCUUGCCUGUGACCAUCGAUGUGGGGACGAACAAUGAAAGGUUGUUGAACGACGAAUUUUACAUAGGGCUCAGGCAAAAAAGGGCUACUGGUCAGGAAUACACUGAACUUGUCCACGAAUUCAUGGGGGCAGUCAAACAGAAUUAUGGAGAGAAAAUCCUCAUUCAGUUUGAAGACUUUGCCAACCACAAUGCCUUUGAUCUGUUAGAAAAAUACAGCAAUACUCACCUUGUUUUUAACGACGAUAUUCAGGGGACAGCAUCUGUGGUCCUAGCAGGGGUUGUUGCAGCUUUGAAGCUCGUUGGUGGAACAUUGGCUGACCAUACAUUCCUAUUUCUUGGUGCUGGAGAGGCUGGCACAGGGAUUGCAGAACUCAUUGCUCUAGAGAUAUCAAAAAGGACAAGUACUGCUUUGGAAGAUGCUCGCAAGAAAAUCUGGCUUGUCGAUUCGAAGGGUUUGAUUGUUAGUUCUCGCAAGGAAUCACUCCAACACUUCAAGAAACCUUGGGCACAUGAGCAUGAACCAAUUAAAGAUCUUAUCGAUGCUGUGAAGGAUAUCAAACCAACAGUGUUGAUUGGGACAUCAGGAGUGGGAAGAACAUUUACUAAAGACGUUGUGGAGGCCAUGGCUGCCAUUAACGAGAAGCCGAUAAUUCUUGCUCUCUCGAACCCCACUUCGCAGUCUGAAUGCACUGCUGAAGAGGCUUAUACAUGGACUAAGGGUCGUGCCAUUUUUGCUAGCGGCAGUCCAUUUAACCCUGUUGAAUACGAAGGAAAUGUCUUUGUACCUGGACAGGCAAAUAAUGCCUAUAUUUUUCCUGGCUUUGGUCUUGGAUUGAUCAUGUCCGGUACCAUCCGUGUUCGUAAUGACAUGCUCCUAGCAGCUUCGGAAGCUCUGGCUGCACAGGUUACUCAAGAGAACUUCGACAAGGGACUCAUAUACCCUCCAUUUACCAACAUUAGAAAAAUUUCAGCAAAUAUUGCUGCAAAAGUAGCUGCAAAAGCAUAUGAACUUGGUCUGGCGACUCGCCUUCCUCAACCGGAAGACUUGGUGAAACACGCAGAGAGUUGUAUGUACAGUCCUUCUUACCAAAAUUAUCGGUGAAGCUGCAAGGUUUCCCCAGUUUUGCCUUCUUCCUUCCCUUUUUUUUCCUUUACGUGUUCAAAUCAAACACACAUCAGCUUUUGUCAAUUAUUUGUUCUUCCAACCAACUUCUGUCCUGUAAAUUAACUGAUGGGAUGAGAAGUAUGUGGGUUCUAGUUCUUAUAAUUGAGGUUGAGAGAUCAAACACUGAUAUAUAGUAUGUAAAAGUUCAUAGUCCUAUCCAUUUUGUGAGAAAUAAAGGCAAAUUCUAAGAACCUCCCAUUAUGGCAA